AUGCGCGCCCUCACUCGCUUGGCGUCUAGCCUCUGCUGCAUUCAGCUGAUGCUGGUGCGAGGUAUCACUGGGAGAGUUCCAGUCACCAUCAAGAGAGAUGGAUUCGUAAUUGACUCGUUCCAGGGAGGCCCUUUCAAUGACCUUGAUGCCUGGCACGGUGCAGGGGAGGAAUUGCCCGUGGAGUAUGCAGAAGAAGGAGGUUACGUCCGGCUCUUUCCCACGAACCCGGACCACAACUAUCACACCCAGGUCUCGUCGUCCUGCCUCGACAUGACGGGAUACGCCGGCAUGUACUUGCAUGUGGUUUUCUCUGGGCCCGACAAGUUCAGCAUCUCUCUCAACCAGCAUAACGAAGAUUGCAAUCCAGAUCGGGCUCCGUAUCCAGACACAUCGGACAGUGUUGAAGCGUCUCGUUACUCUCUGGACGACGACAUCUACGUCCCUUUGUCUCAUUUCUCCAUCGACAUGUCGCGAGUGAUGUCGGUGUCCUUUCAUGGCUUUUAUACGAAAGACGAAGUGACCUUGUACAAGGUGGAGAUCGUUCCCAGUAUUCCAGCCGGGUUCACAGUGCCUGAGAAACUGGAAACAGGGUCUUUGAUUCUCAAAUGCAAGAGACCCAACUCAUUUGCCUUCGGGAUCGACGAUGGGGAUCCUCAGCUAGCUCAGGAGGUUAUGCAUAUUCUGGAAGAAGAAGAUAUAUUGGUUACUUUCUUUGUUGUUGGUAACGGUCUUGAGGCCCCGGACACCAACCUCACUGAGGUCUACAGAGAGAUGAUCCAUCGAGGCCAUCAGGUGGCACUUCACACGUACACGCAUCCAAAGAUGGAAGGACUCCAGACCGUUGAGCAAAUUGACUAUGAAAUUCUUGAGGGCUUUAGAGCCAUUAAGGACCUCCUUGGAGUGGAAUCUCGCUAUUUCCGUCCUCCGUAUGGCACCAUCGGCGCACGAACCAGACAGAGACUGGCGCAUCUCCUCGACGAUCCAUACAUCGUGAACUGGAGCGUGGAUAUCGAAGACUGGCUGUAUGCAGACUCGGACACGCCGGAGAAGCAGCUCGAGGCAUUUCAGCGCGACGUUGAUCGGGGUGGAGAUAUUGUCGUGAUGCACUAUCUCAGCCGUUCGACGGUGCAGUAUUUCAGGGAGGUGAUUCGAAUCGCCAGAGAAACAGGCAAACGGAUCAUGAGAGUCGACCAGUGCAUGUUGGACCCCGAGGCACCUCCUCUAGAGGACAAGUCUUGGGACUAG